AUGUCCGACAAGCAAUCCCCGCACCCACAACCCGCCAAUCACAUCACCACCAUCCCUGAAACCCCACCUCCCGCGUACGCCGGCAUCGUCCCCACCGCAGCACCCUACACACAUCAAUUCGCCCCCAUGCCCGAGCACCACCCCUACCCGCCCCAACCCCAACCCCACCCCACCAACCCCUACCACCCAAACAUGAUGGCCACCUCGCCCACCAUCGAACCCGUCACGCGCCGCUUCUCCUUCCGCGCCAACAGCACCGUGGGCGUGGACCACUACAGCGCUCUCCGCAACUUCGACACCGUCUUCCUCAUCGACGACAGCGGGUCAAUGCUCGGCCCGAACUGGCGGCAAACGUCGGCGGCCCUCGAGGCCAUCGUCCCCAUCUGCACGUCCCACGAUGCCGACGGCGUCGACAUCUACUUCCUCAACCACCCGCGCGCCCACACGCAGAUCCGCUCGUCCGCCGAGGUGCUCUCCAUCUUUGGCAGCGUGCGGCCGUGCGGUGCGACCCCCACGGGCAGGCGCCUCGGCGAGAUUCUCGAGGUGUAUCUGGCCGCGUAUAGGAGGAAUGCGGGCAUCAAGCCGUUGAAUAUCAUUGUGAUUACGGAUGGGGAGCCGACGGAUCCGGGGAAGUUGAAGAGGAGUAUUGUGGAUUGUGCGAAGAGCCUUGAUGCGAUGGGGGCGAAGGAUAGACAGGUGGGCGUGCAGUUCUUUCAGGUGGGGAAUGAUGAGGCGGCGACGGAGAGUUUGGAGGAGCUGGAUAAUGAGCUGGUGGAGGGGGAGGGCGUGAGGGAUAUGGUGGAUACGAUUAGUUGGAGGAGGAUGAAUGAGGGGAAGGGGCUCAGUGCGGAUGGGAUACUGAAGGCGGUGAUGGGUGCAGUGGAUAAGAGGCUGGACAGGACUCAGCGCGCGUAG